AUGGCUAUUUUGGGGAUGUUUGAGCCAAACCCCCCUCCACCUAACAUCACUAGACAAGAGCGAUUGGCUCUCCAAGACCUUAACAGGAACAUAGACAUCAUCGUGCUUCCAGCCGACAAAGGCAACACGACAGUAGUCAUGAACACAGACUAUAAGAAAAAGAUGAAGAACCUUCUUUCGGAUAAAGCAUACAAAAAGCUUGACAAAGAUCCAACUAAUACAAUCGCACAAAACACCAAGAUCCUAGUGGAGAGAAGCAACAUUCCCAGUAAAACCAAAUCAACAUUAAAACCCACAAAUCCUCUUCCACCAAGACUAUACGAACUACCAAAAGUACACAAACAUCCCCCUCAGACCGAUUACUUGCUUGUAAGUUUCGACGUAGAAUCUCUUUUCACACAAGUUCCAAUAAAAGACACAUUAAACAUAAUAAAGGCUUCACAUAAAGUCCCCUCCGACUUCAUCCCACUAAUAGAGCACUGCUUAACAACCAUUUACUUCUCCUAUUACAACCAAUUUUAUGAACAAACUUCAGGAGCAGCAAUGGGCUCUCCUAUUUCUCCUGUAAUUGCCAACAUCUUCAUGGAGUAUUUUGAAAAAGAGGCCCUCAGGAAAACAUCUAAGAAACCAGAAGUUUUGUUCCGUUAUGUAGACAACACAUUCGUGAUACGGCAGAACCGAAUUCCGUAA